AUGGCGCCAAUGGGUCUGGCACAUCGCCAUCCCCGCUUCACUGCCUCCCUCGGUGUCCUCUUCCUCGUCGCCCUUAUCUUCUUCUUCGCCACCGAUUCUGGCGACGCUCCUGGCUAUGUCCGAUUUAAGUCUGGCACGGAUCUAGCUCUGGAACUUUGGGGUGAGGAGAGGAGAUACCGCGACAUGCUCAAAGGGCGCAAGGGGCUCAUCCGCACGUGGGGCCCUAGCCCAGACAAAGUCGUCGCAACGCCAGACGUUAAACCAAAAUUUCGCGCGUCUUUUAGAUUUCCCGUUAAACCCAAGGAGGACUUCUACACGCUCUGGGACUUUUUCCCGCCUUCGUUUAAAUGCCCACAUAAUUUAGAGAGAAUUGGCGUGAUGGGCGAUGGGGGAAAAUGGACCUGCGGCCUCGAACGGAUAGAGAAGAAGGAGAAAUGCGUCAUAUACACGUUUGGUAUCAACGGCGAGUCGUCGUUUGAAGCGGGUGUCAUGAAGCGCGCGAAGGGGUGUGAUGUCUGGGGGUACGAUUUCAGCGUAAACUCGUUUGGCCCCGAGAUUGAAAAAGACGAAAUCUUGCGUUCGCGUUCGCACUUUUUCUCUUAUGCGCUGGGCCCUAAAGACGCCCCCUACGCCGAUCCUCCGACGUACACCCUGCAAACGCUCAUGAAGCGGAACGGCCACUCCUUUAUUGACAUUCUCAAGAUCGACAUCGAGGGGAACGAAUACGACUCGCUCAUUUCCUUCUUCGAUUCUAUCUCCACCAACUCGCCACUGCCCAUAGGCCAGGUACAGAUGGAGGUGCACGUAUACCAGGAUAGCGAGUGGAACUACUUCCCCAAGUUCCUCGCGUUCUGGGAGAAACUUGAGAAGAGGGGCCUCCGGCCGUUCUUCAGCGAGCCAAACAUGGUGUAUGCGAACCUCAUCAGGGAUUUGCAGCCUGGUCUUGCCGAGUAUUCAUUCAUAAACGUCAAGGGCGACCAUGAACUAGUCAAUGAGCUGACGCCCGAGCGUCCCCGAGGCUACCCGCCACCGCGCUCAGCAAAGUCUCUCGCCUCCACGUAA